AUGGAGCCUCGCCUGAAACUCAGUAAGGUGAGCUCGGCCCCAGCUAUUGAUCCCACCAUGUAUCGCAGUGUGGUGGGCUCCCUGCGGUACUUGGUGAACACAAGACCCGACUUGGCGUACUCAGUGGGCUUCAUCAGCCGGUUCAUGGAGAACCCAACCACUGAGCAUCUGGCAGUCAUGAAGCAGGUGCUGCGCUAUGUCGCAGGCACUCUGCACUUUGGCUGCCACUACAAGAGGAAGAAGGAUCCCCAGCUUGUCGGCUACAGCGGCAGCGACAUGGCUGGGGACAUUGACAUGCGCAAGAGCACCUCAGGCAUCCUCUUCUUCCUCGACGACAACACCAUCACCUGGCAGUCACAGAAGCAAAAGAUUGUGGCGCUGUCUUCAUGCGAAGCUGAGUACAUUGCAGCAUCGACAGGAGCAUGCCAGGGGAUGUGGCUGGCGCGGCUGCUCGCCGAACUCAAGGGCGAGGAGGCCAACACCGUCACCUUGAAGAUCGACAACGAGUCUGCCAUCGCACUCAGCAAAAAUCCUGUCUUCCAUGAUCGCAGUAAGCAUAUCGACAUUCGUUAUCAUUUCAUCCGUGAAUGCGUUGAGGAGGACAGGGUGAGGCUCCAGUCUAUCGGGACAACGGAGCAGCUGGCGGACAUUCUUACCAAAGCUCUGGGACGUGCACACUUUUGUGAGAUGCGCUCCAGAAUUGGUGUUGUAGAUGUACAGCAUAUACACUAG